AUGGAAUAUGAUAUCCCUGAGAUGACAAAUGAGGUGCAAACAGACUCUUCAUCUCCCACCAAUAUGUCACUAAUGGCAUUCAAUAAUCUGACCAGUUCUACAACAUCUGAAAUAUUAAUUCCAAAUAGCGUAUAUGUUGGAGGAAUUGAUUUUAAGACUGAUGAAAAUGAGCUGCGGAAACUUUUUACUCAGUAUGGCAGUGUGAAAGAUGUGAGGAUCGUGACUGACAGAACUGGAGCAUCAAAGGGGUAUGGCUUCAUUACUUUUGAAACCCAAGAAGACGCACAGAAGAUUUUACAGGAGACUAAAAUACUUAAUUAUAAGGGUAGGAAAUUGGAUGUCCGUCCGGCACGAAGGAAACCUCAAAUACGGCAGCAGAGUUCUUCUGUAAUGCCAGAAGCUAGUACAAGGAACUUAACUACUUCAAGUGAAUGUCCUUAUAUUUACCAUAACGGAGUGGCUUAUUUUUAUACACCUGAAGUGGCUACUGUUCCACAGCCAUGGCCAUCCCGUGCUGUCUCCGGUUCACCUGUGACGGUAGCUCAACUGGUUUAUCAGUCUCCUACGUACCAUUAUCAGGCACCAACACAGUGUCUUCCAACUCAGUUGCAGUGGUCUGUUCCACAGUCUCCUCCUGCGUCUUCACCGUCAUUCUUGUAUCUGCAACCAUCUGAAGUCGUUUAUCAGCCAGUAGGGAUUACUCAGGAAGGAAUGGAGGUCACAGUCCAUGGAAAGAAAUUUUUCACUACAGUAGUCUGUCUGAAACUUUGAUAUACAUGGAGUCCCCAUUUUCUUCACAGAAAAUAUUACAAAAUGGAAUCUAAAACUGUUACACCACCUUCUACAGAUUCUGUAAAACAGAUUUUUAGCCAUCUACUUUGCUGACAGUACCUAUCCUAUGGAGAAUGUGUUCUUCCUAACUUCUAACAUUUGCCUGACCAUGCCUAAGUUAAAAUACCACUUCUUUUUGUAAAUAAAAAAAAAAAAAAAAGAAAUUUUGUACUUUGGACAGGUAAAAACAUGUGAAACUUAAUUACUUUUCUUGGUGACAAUACUGUUACAGGACGAAAUGGUGAUUUCUCCUAAACAGCCUACUAUAUAAACUUUGGUUACUAACACAGACUGAAAACAGCAUACUUUAAACAUUAAAGUUUUUUAUUUAUCCCUUUUAUUAAUUUCUGGAUUACAAACUUCUCUCUAACUAAUAGAUCUUCUUAAGUCAUGUGUGUGCUGUGGGUUAAGAUCUGGUUAUUUAUGUGCCUUUUGUUUGAAUUCCAAUAGAGUUGGUCUACUUCUAAUUUAAUUUUUUUUGCAAUCAAUAUUAUCUGCUUUUUAUCGAAUGUUUUACUUACAUCUCAUUUUAGUGCUUGGAAGUAAUAUUUAAAAAUAAAACUUAGACCAUUAGUUUAAUUACUUUCCUCAUGCAAGGCUGGCAUUUCCUUGCAUAUGGUAAGCAAUAGAUUUGAUUUUAUGCUGUUUUUAGCUAUAGAAAAAUGCCAGAAUUGGCUUCUUACUGUUACAGGACCAUUGAAGAGUUCUUGCUGCUUUCACCUUUUCUUUUGUCUGCACAAAACUUAGGAACUCCUCAGUAGUAUCUUUGUUCUUGUGCACUGCUUGUCACAUUCAUCUAUUAGCAAACUCUAUUAGGUUCCUAGCUUCCAUCCCCAAAAAUUU